AAUACAAGUUUUGGAUGAGUACAUGGAACCAAAGUGAAACUGGUGUGAGUGUGAGAACCAUAGUAUGCUCAGAAACCUUUGGAAACGUUGUUGUCGCCGACGUUCGGGUCCCACGUUGCUCUGCUCCUCACGCACUUCGCUGUUUCACAGUGGCACCUGCGUGGAGGGAAACCCUGGGUGGAGAAGGAGAAUUGAAGAAGAAGCCUCGCUUCAGAUUUCGCAUCCUUGGCCCGAAUGGGUCCAACUCAUCAAGUGCUUGCUCCACAAGGGACACUUUCUUCACGAAGAGGGAAACGUGUUUCGCAACACUGCUUUGGGUGCCAAAGAUUGCAAUGCCAUUAGAACCGCGUGCCUCAAUUUCGGUAGAGACCAUUUUCAUAUUUUAAGAUUCCUGUCACGAAAAGAUAUAGGAGUCACUGUGGCACUUGGAUGUCCGAGCUUAGAUAGGAAAGUAGUCAACUCAGGAAAGCGUCUCAGAGCAUAUGUGGGUAUUGAUGAGGGAAAUGUAUGCAGUUCCUGCAAUUUGAGGGGGGACUGUGAAAGGGCAUUCGUGAAGGCACGUGAAGAUGAAGGUGGGAGAACAGUGGAUAUUAUGCGUAUUAUAUUGACCUAUGGCCUUGACCCAAUUACUGGUUCAGUGGAUAACAAACCGUGUCUUACUAAAAAGGUAGAAGAUUCUGUGAGAAGACUGCUGAAAGAAAUAGUAGAGCACAGUACCAAAGAGGAAAGUUCUAAUUUUCCAGACAGCACAGAGGUUGUCAUGGGACAUCUUCAUUCCAAUCAGCAAGGCAAGGGCAAAGUAGAUGUUGCAAUGAUGAAGCAAGGGGACUGGAUUUGCCCGAAAUGCGAUUUCAUGAACUUUGCUAGAAACAUCAGGUGCUUGCGCUGUGACAGCCUCUUUGAGGAAAAAAUCAGGCAAUUGAAGCAGGAUAACAAUCACUUACCUUUGAAGAAGGGAGAUUGGAUAUGCAAUACAUGCAAUUUCCUCAAUUUUGCAAAGAAUACAAGAUGUUUGCAAUGCAAAGAGAGGGCUUCCAAUCGUCACCUUAAUCCCGGUGAAUGGGAAUGUGACUCGUGCAAUUACAUCAAUUUCAGAAGAAACAUGGUUUGCCUGAAAUGUGACCACAGACGGCCUAUAGUAUCAAGGGCUUCAAAUUCUUCUCUUCAACCUCAGCAAGAAGACAUAAACCACCAUAAGAUCGGAAAAUAUAGUUUUGGUGCCAAUCAGGGUGAUAGAAGUGGUGAAACACGGAAGGUGUUUGAAAGAAAGAAUAGGAACAGAGAAUCAUCUGUGUGGAGAUUUGUAGAGGACAAGAGUGAGAAUCACAAGCUCUUAAAUAAAUCAAAUGACCCUUCUGAAUUUAUAGAUUUUCCUAUUGUUGGAGGUAAGACUCAGUUGUCUGAGGUACAAAGGAGAGAAGAACACAAGACUGAGUUGUCAAAUCAGUGGAGAAGGCCUCCAUGGCAAAGUGACACUGAUGAUGAGUUUUGUUCUUCGGAUAACCACAGUACUGCUGAUGAGUUUUGUUCUACCAAUGAUCAGAGUGCUGAUGAUGAAGAAAUGGACGAAUGGUUCGGAAAAGGGAAGAUUGAAAGGUAGGAUUCUAGAAUAGUGUAAUUUCCCUACACUGUUAUCAAUGUGAAAGUGCUUUUUUUUGUGAACCAAUACUUCAAAUAACAGCUUGUAAUUGUAAUUAGAUGACAGUCAAUAUACACUAUUUAUUUAUUUAUUUAUUCGUUUAGAAAGAUGACUUUGAUAAUAUGUUUUGAUAUUUGGGAGAAGCAUGAAAGUUUUAAGUUCCAGAGAAUAUGUAAAAUAUUUGAGAGGCUCUUUAUAAUUUUUGUGCUAAAAGGAUAGGUUGAUUGUAAUAACUUUUUACAGUUAUGAUUAGGGUUUAUUUCUGUUUU